AUGGAGAAUGUUGGCGUGUACAGAUUCUGUGGGUGUGCAGCAAAGAGCAAAGUCAAGUGUGAUUCAAGGUGGGAAAUACCAGCUUCAGAAACAGCCCCCACGUCUGCAUAUUCAUCUCCGGCCCGGAGUCUGGGGGACACGGGAAUAACGCCAUUGUCCCCUUCCCAUAUUGUGAAUGACGCUGACCCGAAUGUCUCGGAACAGCAGACAUUUCUCGUGGUGGUGGCCGUUGACUUUGGAACCACGUCCAGUGGCUAUGCCUAUAGCUUCACCAAGGAGCCAGAAUGUAUCCACGUGAUGAGGCGAUGGGAAGGAGGCGACCCUGGGGUGUCCAACCAGAAGACCCCGACCACCAUCUUGUUGACUCCCGAGAGGAAAUUCCACAGCUUUGGAUAUGCCGCCAGGGACUUUUACCAUGACCUGGAUCCCAACGAGGCCAAGCAGUGGCUGUACCUGGAGAAGUUCAAGAUGAAGUUGCAUACCACUGGGGACCUCACCAUGGAUACAGACUUAACGGCAGCAAACGGCAAGAAAGUCAAAGCCCUUGAAAUCUUUGCUUACGCCCUGCAGUACUUCAAGGAGCAGGCGCUGAAGGAGCUGAGUGACCAAGCGGGAUCAGAGUUUGAGAACUCUGACGUCAGAUGGGUCAUCACAGUGCCUGCCAUUUGGAAACAGCCCGCCAAGCAGUUCAUGAGACAAGCUGCCUAUCAGGCAGGCCUGGCCUCCCCGGACAACUCGGAGCAGCUCAUCAUUGCCUUGGAGCCCGAGGCGGCCUCCAUCUACUGCCGGAAGCUGCGGCUGCACCAGAUGAUCGAGCUGAGCAGCAAGGCCGCGGUCAACGGGUACAGCUCCAGUGACACAGUGGGAGCUGGGUUUGCACAGGCUAAGGAGCACAUACGGCGUAAUCGGCAGAGUCGGACCUUUUUGGUGGAGAAUGUCAUAGGAGAGAUCUGGUCCGAGCUGGAGGAAGGUGACAAGUACGUGGUUGUGGACAGUGGCGGUGGCACCGUCGACCUGACUGUCCAUCAGAUACGGCUACCGGAGGGACACCUUAAAGAACUGUAUAAAGCAACAGGUGGACCCUACGGAUCCUUAGGAGUAGAUUAUGAAUUUGAAAAACUUCUGUGUAAAAUAUUUGGAGAGGAUUUUAUCGAACAAUUCAAAAUCAAGCGUCCCGCGGCCUGGGUUGACUUAAUGAUUGCAUUUGAGUCUCGUAAGAGGGCGGCUGCCCCAGACCGAACUAACCCACUGAACAUCACCCUGCCCUUCUCCUUCAUCGACUACUACAAGAAGUUCCGUGGCCACAGCGUGGAGCACGCCUUGAGGAAGAGCAACGUGGAUUUUGUGAAGUGGUCCUCGCAGGGGAUGCUGAGGAUGAGUCCGGAUGCCAUGAAUGCCCUUUUCAAGCCAACCAUUGACAGCAUCAUUGAGCAUCUCCGGGACCUGUUUCAGAAGCCCGAAGUGUCCACGGUCAAGUUCCUCUUCCUGGUGGGAGGCUUUGCGGAGGCGCCCCUGCUGCAGCAGGCGGUGCAGGCUGCCUUCGGGGACAAGUGUCGCAUCAUCAUCCCCCAGGACGUAGGCCUCACCAUCCUCAAGGGCGCCGUCCUCUUCGGCCUGGACCCCGCCGUCAUCAAGGUGCGCCGGUCGCCCCUCACCUACGGGGUGGGCGUGCUGAACCGCUACGUGGAAGGCAAGCACCCCCCCGAGAAGCUGCUGGUGAAGGACGGCACUCGCUGGUGCACCGAUGUCUUCGACAAGUUCAUCUCGGCCGACCAGUCGGUGGCCCUGGGGGAGCUCGUCAAGCGUAGCUACACCCCGGCCAAGCCUUCCCAGCUGGUCAUCGUCAUCAACAUCUAUAGCUCCGAGCACGACGACGUGAGCUUCAUCACUGACCCGGGGGUAAAGAAGUGCGGUACCCUCCGCCUGGAUCUCACAGGGACCAGCGGCACAGCCGUGCCCCCCCGGAGGGAGAUCCAGACCCUCAUGCAGUUCGGGGACACAGAGAUCAAGGCCACAGCCAUCGAUAUAGCCACCUCGAAGAGUGUCAAGGUUGGGAUUGACUUCUUAAAUUACUAA